AUGGAUGAUAAAGAGAAAGAGAAUAUUCUUGAAGAAUAUUAUUUUAACGCAAAAAAUCCUGCUGCGUACGCGGGUGCUCAAAAGUUGUUUCAAGUUCUCAACAAGAAAUACCCAGGACUAUUUACAAUUACUCACAUCAAACGAUGGUUAAACGACCAGGAGGCUUAUUCUCUUCAGAAGCCAAGACGACAUAGAUUUAAGACGGCCAACGUGCGAGUCACAUCCAUUGGCGAGCAGCUAGACAUAGAUCUUCUGUCAAUGUCAAAUCUAGCUGACGAGAAUGACGGUGUGCGAUUUCUGCUUUGUGCCAUUGAUAUUCUAUCCAGAAAACUGUGGGUGAGACCAUUGAAAAACAAGACGGCCAAAGUUGUUUUAAGUGCCAUGAAAGACAUUCUCAGUGGCAUUGCUCCAGGUGAAAUUGAGAAAAUUCGCGCGGAUAAAGGGAGUGAGUUUUCAAACCAAUGGUUUAAAAAGUAUAUGAAAGACAUGGAUAUCUAUUUUUUUACGACAAAUAAUCCUCCAAAAAGUAAUUUCAUCGAGAGAGCUCAACGGACACUGAAGGAAAGACUGUAUCGAAUGAUGAGACACAUGAGAACCUACCGAUACAUCGAUGACUUGCAACAUGUUGUUUCAAGUAUUAACGCAACUCCCCACCGCGGCUUAAGUGGUCUGGCUCCUAAUGAUAUCACCAAAGGCAACGAAGCUGAUGUGUGGGCGCAAAUGUACUUGAAGAAAUCAAACAAACGCAUUUCUAAACCUGUUUUUCAGUUUAAAGUGGGAGAUCUUGUACGCAUCAGCUUUAGCAAACAACCCUUUCAACGGGCUUAUCAAGAACAGUACACCACGGAGGUGUUUAAAGUGGCGGGAAGGAUCCUGAAGCAAGGCAUUCCCAUGUACAAGUUGAAAGAUUUAAAAGGUGACAGUAUCAAAGGUUUGUUCUACACUGCUGAACUGCAAAAGGUAAACAAGGACGAAAAUAGCCUUUGGUUCAUUGAACGUAUAUUGAAAAAGCGGAAAAGAAACAAGAAACUUCAAUAUUUUGUGGAAUGGCAAGGCUUCCCUAAAGCUUUUAAUAGUUGGGUAGAUGCGAAAGAUGUUAAAGACAUAUCCGAAGACAGGCCAUAA